CAACGGGUCCAUAUUAAAGAAAUGUGCAAUAGUGUGCGAACUGACCGUCCGGGUUCCGAUUAUUCGAGUGACGAAUCUGAUAAUGAAGCCCUGGAGACACGUUAUUACGAAGGCUGUGGACGGGAGGGUCCAAUUCGGUGUAUAUUUCUGAGUGAAUUUCACCCUGUUGCUGGUCCUAAAAUUGCUUGUCAGUUUCCAGAAGAUUACAUAUCUAAGGAGGAUUUUGAUUCCAUAAGUACCUAUAUCAUUCCAAAACCUCCGAUGCAGAAGUGCACUAUGACAAUAAAUGCCUUAGGACACAAAAUCGUUGGUUAUCCAAUAAGGAUUGAUAACUCUAGAUAUGAACGUAACAUGUACCUCUUUAACCUUUGUUUUAUCUGUGAUAGUUGGUCUAAAACAGUACAAUAUGAACCUGUUGUUAAAAAGCUCGGGGAACAUUUGACUUUAAUGGAAGAAGAGACACGUUUUGUAUCUAAUGGCUCAUCAAAAAUGCCAACACUAUUGGCCCACCUUCUUCACGACCUCAAUACAUACCGAAGAGCUACUCUUAUUGAAGGUGAUACUGUCAUGCACCUGAAAGUAGUAGAGGUGAGACAAGACCCACCAGCUGUGCAUGACUUUGAUGUACCUGUACUGGUUUCAUCUGUUGGCUUACCACAACCUGGUAGACCCCGCAGCAACUCGCCAGAAGGCUCUGAGAUGCAGAGCAAGGAACACUUGGAUGUUGAACAUGAUGAAUUGUUUGUGAUUGAUAUGGAUGCAGAUUGGGAUCUUACCACCAAACAAUUAUUGCCAUUAAUUAAUGGGUACAACCAUGUGGCAAAGAUCUCCACUGACACCAAAAUCCAAAAUGCACUUGUAAAAUCUUGUAUACAAAACUUAGUAUAUUAUGGAGUGGUUACCCUAAUACCAGUUUUGAAAUUUAGCAAUAUUUACCGAGCAACAACUAAAUUAUGUAGACUUUUUCACGAUCCGGACAUGCAGAAGUCAUGCUUAGCAUUCAUCAAUAAGGGAGAUGAUAAGACAUCUCUAGCCGAGGUUUUGCGUAUACUAUGCGCUUUGCAACAAGGCACAACUCUACGCACAGUAUGUGAACGUCAUGCAGUAGACAGCAAUCCGUUCUGCAUAAGGAGAUUAGUUGUUUUCGCUCAGUUACAUGGACUAAUUAGAUGUCUGAAACGCUAUCCAGUAAUUGUUCGCAGCCCAUCCCGUCCAAAUGGCUUGAUUUCUAAUCUAGACCAAAUGUUCCAUGUUCGACGACUCUUCACUGGCCUUCAUUGCGCCGAUGAGAUAUGCUGUAUGGCCAACAUUGACCUUCCAACCCUGGAUCAGAUGAUAGACGACGAUCCAAACGUCUCCGUUAUUUGGCGUUAGAACCUAUCGACGUCUUAUAUCGAGAACUGGUAGAGAGAGGAGGAGACAGAUGGGAACGCAUAUUUUUAGACGGAUAAUAUAAGUAUUUAUCUGCGGAUAGCUUUGUAUCGUUUUUCUCGUAAUUCAAGUGUACACUCUUAAAAACUUCGCUACACUUUCAAUUUUACCAGUGGGAGGCUCCUUUGCACAGUAUUCCGGCUUGAUUAUGGGUACCACAUCGGCGCCUAUUUCUGCCGUGAAGCAGUAAUCUCUAAGCAUUGCUGUGUUUUGGUCUGAAGGGCGCCGUAGCUAGUGAAAUUACUGGGCAAAUGAGACUUAACAACUUAUGUGUCAAGGUGACGAGGGCAGUUGUAGUGCCGCUCAGAAUUUUUGGGUCUUCAAGAAUCCUUAGCGGCACUGCAUUGUAAUGGGCAUUGACACAUCUGAAUUAUCUAUAUACCUAUCUGCAGAUAACGCGCGAGUUGAAUGCAGAGUUCAGGAAUGCGAUAGUGAUGUGAUCUUAUUAUAAUUGAUGACCAUAAUCAUGAGAGUGUCGAUAAAUAUGUACUUCUAUGGCCUAACAACGCAAAAAUCCUUAAAAUUAGCCUAGCCUAAUAAUGUAGGAAGAAACCAAACAAAACGAGUGUCGCAAACGUCAGAAAAUUCUAGAAACCCACUGCACCCUGUUACUCUUGUGUUACAGUGAUGCGCGCGCUUUUUAAAAUUUCUCAUCCAUUUUUUUAUAACGGGCCUGAAAAAAAAAAUAUAACUGGAUCGCUACUUUAGUAUUAACGCGGUGGUCACGGUAAGCAACGACUAUGACUCGGCACUACACUGUAGACGCGCGAGGCGAGGUGUGCGGACAAGCGGGGGGAGAUGGUACCGCUAUUUACCCCAGGUGCCAACUGCAUUCAACUCGUGCGAUAACUGUACAUGCUUUCACCUCUUGACCGUGAAUAGCAUUGCUCCUUUUGGCAAGGCUUUCUUGCGAACGCUAACAUAUCUUUUAUAAAACGAUUACUUAGUAGUAUUAGUUUCUAGAGCUUUUAAGCGGUAUAUAUAAUAUUCGAUGAUUUCCUUUCUUGAUUUCUCGUUGUUGGUGGUGCCUUGCGUAUUUUACUUAACACUUCCCAGCUGCCUAUAUAUUACUGUAGUUUUUUUUUUAUAUUUUUCUUCUUACUUAGCAAAUUUUGUGACUAUUUAUUAUUAAAAUAUAAUUUUGAAUAUGAAACAACACAUCACUAUGAAACAAGGAAAUCAUUAUGAUAGCGUCUAAAUAUUAUUUUAAAUCCUACUUAAUUAUUAAUACUGCCUUAAAUUAUUUUCUUGACAAUAAUAAUUGGUAAUAAGAUCACAUAUCGAAUAUCGUAUAUAACAUUUAUUGUACCAGUGGGAGGCUCCUUUGCACAAGCCGGCUAGAUUAUGGGUACCACAACGGCGCCUAUUUCUGCCGUGAAGCAAUAAUGUGUAAACAUUACUGUGUUUCGGUCUGGAGGACGCCGUAGCUAGUGAAAUUACUGGGCAAAUGUGACUUAACAUCUUAACAUUUCCGUCAUUGUCGCUCAGCUGGUGAUCUUCUUGCAUACCUCACCCAUAAAUGGGCGCAAGCGGUUGAGUCGAAGGGAGAGGCGUUGGCGGUGAGCUUGGACAUAGCGAAGGCCUUCGAUCGGGUGUGGCAUAAAGCGCUUAUAGCGAAACUGCCAUCCUAUGGGCUUCCCGAGAAGUUGUGCAAAUGGGUCGCUAGCUUUUUGGCCGAUCGGAGCGUCAAGGUUGUUAUCAACGGUGCAUGCUCCGAAUUAAAACAUAAACGCUGGUGUCCCGCAAGGCUGCGUACCAUCCCUUACACUGUUUCUUUUGCAUAUCAAUGAUAUGCUGCAAAUCAGCAGUAUUCAUUGCUAUGCAGACGACAGCACAUGGUAUGCUUCCUACACCGGCCGUGCCAACAUGUCCCGGGAUAGUGUCGACGAAAACCGUAACAAACUUGUGUCUGAAAUCGUAUCCUCUCGAUUUGAGAUCACUCCUCUAACUGCCACAGCCUGUAUUGGCAUACUUGGCGUCGAUAUAUCAUAUAAAAGCCACCGCCUACAUCUUUAUAAGGCGCAAAUUCGGCCUCACAUGGAGUACUGUUGUCACCUCUGGACGGGUGCUCCCCAGCUUCUUCCAUUUGACCAUAUACAACGAAGAGCUGUUUGAAUCAUCGACGAUCAAGCCGAUCGGAGAUGGCUUUGUCAUUGCGUAGAGAUGUGGGUUCUCUUUGCAUCUUCUACCGCAUUUAUCACGGGGAGUGCUCAGAGGAGCUGUUCGGGUUGAUUCCACCGGCCGAAUUCCACCACCGGACAUUACGUGCAAAGUACCACCCGCACCACGUAGACGUCUGGCAUUCCACAACCGCGCGUUUCACUUUGUGAAAUCAAUUACCGGCUGCGGUUUUCCCGAACAGAUACGACUUCGGGACCUUCAAGAAAAAAGCAUACUCCUACCUUAAUGGCCGGCAACGCAUUUCUUGACACACCUGUUGUGGCGGAUGUCCAUGGGCGGUUGCCUCCUGACCCUAUUCUGUGAGCCUCUUGCCCGUUUGCCCCCUCUUAAAUAAAAAAAAAUAUCUCAGGGUGACGAGCGCAAUUGUGGUGUUGCUCAGAAUUUAUGGGUUUUUCAAGAAUCCUGAGCGGCACUGCAUUGUAAUAGGUAAGGCGUAUCAAUUACCAUCAGCUGAAGGUCCUGCUCGUCUCGUCCCUUAUAUUCAUAAAAAAAAAGAAAAACCGUUUAGUAAUUUUAGUGCUGUGUGUCCAGCUAUUUGUUGGAAAUAUAUUAUUUAUGCAUUUGACUUAAUGUUUCGUCUUAAAACAGGCAUUUUCCAGCUUUAAACUGUGAGGAUCUGUCAAAUUUAACUUUGGUUAUGCUUAAUUAAUUAACGUAUAAUCACAUAUCUCUUUCAUGUAUUUUUAUAAUUUUAUAAAUCAUAAUUAAGUAUACUUUCCUUAACAUUUCACAUCCUAGAACGCAUAGUGUAGUAAACAGUUUUUUUUUAAUAUAUUCUAUGAACAUGAUUUUAAUUAAUUAAGUUUAUCAUUAUUAUAAAGAUGCAAUUUUAUAAAAUUGGACCUAAUUACACCGUGCUUGGAGCGAAAAUCCUUUAAGCACCAAACGAGUAAUAUUCCCUAUACUUAGCUGGUUCGUAAAACAACCCGCCUUACUAAAUUAUGGUGAUAUUAAAACAAACAGGUACAAAUUGAUGCGAACUAAAACAAAACAUAUUUUAGGACUAAUAAAUUGUAAACGUUAAUUCGAUAUAAAUUUUUAUUAAUAAUGAUUUAAUGUUUGUUAGUUCAUUAUUAUAAUGUAUAUAUUUUUGAUUGAUUGAUUGUAUUUAUAUAUUAAUGUAUAUUUAUAUAAAAAUUCUCAGACAAAGAGAUAUUGGAAUGAGUCAAUAAGUUAAAUAUAGAAUAUGAUCGUAGCAAUAAAAUGUAUAUCAUUUUGAAAUAAUUAUUCUUUGCAUAUUCAAGUUAAGAUCAUACAUUCAAAAUAGAUUGAAACGGUAUGAUGAGAUGUGGUAUGUUUUGAUGAUUUUUGGUAGAUUAAAAGACAUAGCAAGAGUUCAAAAUCGCCCGAAAGCAAUUAUACUAUAGACCAAGUAUAGUAACUAGACAUCGGUGUGGCGUGGCCAACAUGAGACAGAUAAUAUCCUAUAUAUAUAUUAUAGGUACCUAGUAUAACAAGUCUUCUUUCACUAUCACUUUUACAUCGUAAAACACAACAUCGCACCAUAUUUCCUUCGAUUCUACUUAAAAUUCUCACUGAUGUUGUAUAAAUAGUGGAUAUUUCACAACAAUAAUUGCUUAUUUCUAUAGACGCAUAUAAAAGUAAACAAAAUAUCUGUGCAGCGCUGUCAAGUUUGUUUAGCACACCGGGUGUGCUGACCUUGAAAAAAGCGGCACGCAUGGCGAAACAAAAAUCUAAGCACUCUAUGUGUGAGUGAGACGGAAGCUAUCAAUUAGUCUAGUUACUAUACUUGGUCUUUGAAUUAUACGAACGAGAGUUACUUAGCCGAUGGUGACAGCUCAGUUUAAUGUAAUACCCACAAAGUUAAGUGAUCAGAGCGUCUUAAGAAGUAUUCACUUUGAAAACCAUAUUAUUUACUAUUAGUGCUAUGUAUGAAAAUAAAAAUAAUACUAAAAACAAGUAUUUAGUACUAAUUUCAAAUUUUUAUUAUACACUAUAAAUCUUAUACCUUGGAAAUAAGCAUUUGUUUGUAUUCAGAUUGCAGAGACGCUAGGAACGUAAAACAUUGUAUGUAGGCACAAGAAUUACUUAUUUAAAAAAACAAAUCCACAGAAUUGAGUGAUAAUGAUUAAAUCGAAUAUCAAAAAAACUAUCAAGAAUUUGCUAUUAUUACAGUAAAAGGAAGAAUUAAUAGUUAUUUGUUUAACAAUAAAGCAAUGUUAGUUUUGUUGCGAGUGCUAUGUUUGAAUGGAAUUGAAUUCAAAAGCACAAGAAUAAAAAUAUUUUGAAAAUAGAAUAAUAUAGAAUAGCCCUAGAGCACGAUUCUUUUACGCCGGGCACUAGAAAGCUCAAUUUGGAAUAGAACAUAGUGAUCCAGAAUUCCACUAAAAUACAUAAGUAAAUCAUGGUGGCAUUUGCAAUGAUUUAAAUAUGACAUUGUUUAUGUCAGUUGUCACUGUCAUGUCUAACUAAUCUGAGUCUGAUAAUUGCAUAACUAGUACUCUGUAUAAUAUUGUUGUCAUCUAAAAGCGACUACUCUCGCCUAAAAAUCUAUUAAACAUACAAAGACAGGCCCCAUUUUGGAACAACACCUUUGUAUGUAGAUUAAUAAGGUUGUAAACUUAGAUUAAGGAUUCGUCUCCGCUGCGCUCCAACCAGAUACCGCAGGCGAGUCGACAAAGUGCCACAACUCAUACUACGCCCAAGUGGGCGUACUUGAGCCAGUCUCCAGCAAUGUGCGAAAUGAUUGCUACAUGUGCCGUUAAACUUUGCUAAUAAAUACAACUUAAAUGUCGGGAUCAUAGUGAAAUUUUUUGUAAAAAAUAUAAAAGAACUAAGAAAGACACUGGGAUCACAUAUCAUCAGUAAUUAUUUUGUAUUUUAUUAAUAUCAAUAUAAAAUAACACGAAGCGUAUGUUACAAAUUUUGAAAGAUGCCAUUGAGUGUCAAGAUACCGCAUCUAAUAGUUGCCGUAAUAGAAAAGAUAUAAGUUCUUAGGUAGUGCGGUAUCUAAUUGGAGCACAGCGGACACCAAUCCUCAAUCUAAGGUUGUAAACUAUAAAGCCAUAAUUUACUUCGGAAUUAGGUAUCCCUAGAUUCUGUGGAUGUGUUUGCAUAUAAUAAAAUUAAUAUAUACUCGAUAUUAAUUAGCUCAACUAAAUUUAGAUUCCUGUCUGUGCAACUUCCUCAAGACGUUUUGUAAAUAUGUGUAAAUUAAACUGAGCGUUGUUGUCACACUAUGGUUUUACCGUCCCUGGUUCAAUAUGAUGGACUCGUUAAAUCGAUAAAAUGACUUUUUCUCUUAGUCUGAGAAUGAAAGCAAAUAUUUUAAAAAAUAUGCCUUGGAACAAAGUGCUGUGAAUAUAUGCAAAAGAAUAUGUUAUUGGCAUCAUAACAUUUCUGUGAUUAUAAUUAAUGUAAUACUAUUUUUGGCUUAUUGAAUUAACAUUAGAGUUUCUUAAUUCGUGUGAGUAAUUGUACACACUAAUUAUUGUAUAUGUAUAAUACUAGAUUUACAUAUCUUUAAUAUUUGACAUUUAUAUUGUUUUACGCAUUUAGACUUAAGAUUUUUACUAAGCGGCGAUUGACUUAAUAUAGCCUUUUAUCUUAUCUUCAUGACAUAGCGUGAGUGGUCCUUCUCCCAUUGAUUAAAAAUCCACUAUUUCAUCAUAGAUUGAUUGAUUAUUAUUAGAAUUAAAGUCCCUGUUGGUAGAAGCAAUUCGAAGAGAAAAUUCAAUCUAUAUUAUAAAGAAAGUAUAGAAUUGAUGUAAUAAUACAUUGCGUUUUUUUUUUUUUUUCAAAAUAAAAAGUAGUAAAAGUAGAACGCAAUAUAAACAAUUUAAACAUAAAUGCAAUUAUAGCCUAAAAGCGUUAAAAUGCUGACUGUCGAAUUUGGACAACAUUAAUAACAUAUUUGACCGCGUUCUGACAGCUGUCACUGUCAUUGUCGUAAUAGAAAUAUUGACAUAUAAGACUUGACUUGGUUCAUAAUAAUUAUCAAUGACAGUUCUGACAUCCAUUUAAUACAUUAUAUUGUUUAUGUCAUGUAAACUCGGUUUUCGUGAACGCGCUUUAAAUGUAUUGGUGAAAUUAUCGCUUUGUCUAUAAUCGAAAUUAAGACUGACAUUUGAACUAGUUUAAUUAAAAUUGAGUUUUUUAAAUUGCAGUAUUAUCAUUGCUUAAAUUAGGGCUAUUUUAAAGUGUUCUUAUAGGGUACUUAUUAAAUAAAUAUUUGACUAUUACCUUACUAAUAUGCAAGACUGUCAAUUCACAAAGUAUAUUUUAUGUCUGGGAGAAGAAUUAUCAACGAAAACGCGACGCUUCUUUUAGAUAAUAGAAUUAUAUCGUAAUUGUAUGUACAUGAGUGAGCAAACCACUCAGUGAAAAGUAUUAUGGGGGUUCCCACAAAAAGCUAACUUCGAAGCGGUUCAAAAGAGACUUACAUAGUUUUAGAAGACAUGGAAAAAAAUGUUUAAGAAACCUAUUAGUAGAAGAAUUAUUAUUCUGUGCAGUGAUAAACUAGCUACAUCGCAUAAUUCUUGACUUUCUCAGUAUUCUGAAAUUGAGUGUGGUAAUUAAUAUAAUAAUUAUGGUAAACUACGUAGAAGUAUUUUAUUAAUAAUAAUAAUUAUGAUAAACUACGUAGAAGUACUUUAUUAAUUAUAAUGAUUAUAAUAAACUACGUAGAAGUACUUUAUUGAUUAUAAUGAUUAUAAUAAACUACGUAGAAGUACUUUAUUGAUUAUAAUGAUUAUAAUAAACUACGUAGAAGUACUUUAUUGAUUAUAAUGAUUAUAAUAAACUACGUAUAAGUACUUUAUUGAUUAUAAUGAUUAUAAUAAACUACGUAGAAGUACUUUAUUAAUUAUAAUGAUUAUAAUAAACUACGUAGAAGUACUUUAUUGAUUAUAAUGAUUAUAAUAAACUACGUAGAAGUACUUUAUUAAUUAUAAUGAUUAUAAUAAACUACGUAGAAGUACUUUAUUGAUUAUAAUGAUUAUAAUAAACUACGUAGAAGUACUUUAUUAAUUAUAAUGAUUAUAAUAAACUACGUAGAAGUACUUUAUUAAUUAUAAUGAUUAUAAUAAACUACGUAGAAGUACUUUAUUGAUUAUAAUGAUUAUAAUAAACUACGUAAAAGUACUUUAUUAAUUAUAAUGAUUAUGGUAAGCUACUUAGAGGUAUUUUAUUAAUUAUAAUUAUUGUGAUAAGUUACGUAGAAGUAUUUUAUGUGAUGUAACAGACUGCCAUCGACUGUGUACUUAGCAAUGUAUUUAUUUAUAUUACAAAAAUUACUAAAUUGGGUGGUAAGCAUCCUUAAUUUUUAUAUAAGGUAUUAUCACAUCGUAGGUCAGUACCUACACAACACAGUUGUUAUAAAUGAUUGACAUCAACUGACUAUGUGUAAAAAUUAAUUAUUUGGUUCUAAUAUAUUAUUUUGGAAUAUUCUGCUGCAGCGAAACAUUGUAAACACAUAUUUGAGACAGUCUGUAUUUGAAUUAAUGUCGCAAUAAAUAAUAAAUGAAUAUUAAUA